CUAAAUCCCAAUUUCCCAUUUGCCUCUUCCCGUCUUCCCUCGUCUCUACCGUCUUCCCUCUUCGGCUCUUCCCUUCCCAAGUUCGCAGUUCGCAAGUCGCAACUUUGCUGGCAGCCGGCACUCCCUGACUCCCACUCCCAGUUCCCUUCAGCUUCAUCUUCCCUUCCCAGUUCCCUUCCCACUUCGCAGUUCGCACACGGUUGGAGACGUCGAGUUCGAACCUCCUGUUCACGAUCGGCAGAUCCAGUCUUCCCCUUCGGACUUCGGCUUCCACCUUCCCAACUUCGCAGCUCACACUCUCGCAGUACUCCUUCGGACCUUACGUCCUUCAGAAUUGACUUGGUCUUCACUCAGUCUCUAGCCAGAGAGAGCUGAAGGUAAGCCUGCUGUCGGGUGCCAUUUAUUCAAUUCAAGAUCUGUUACGGCGUUAGGCCCUUUUGGUUCGAUUACUACAGAAAUGGUUAUUCCUCCACCAGUCAGACCACCCAGAAUCACACAGUUUCUGAAGCCCUAUGUGCUGAAAAUGCACUUUACGAACAAGUACGUGAAUGCUCAAGUGGUCCACUCACCAACUGCCACGGUAGCCUCUUCUGCAAGCUCACAGGAGAAGGUCUUAAGGUCAAGCAUGGGAUGCACUCGCGAUGUAGCCGCUGCUGCAAAAAUUGGGAAGAUAUUGGGGGAGCGCCUGCUGCUAAAAAAUAUACCUGCUGUCUCUGUUUUCCUGAAGAGAGAACAGAAAUAUCAUGGUAAGAUAAAAGCUGUGGUUGAUUCUUUGAGGGAAGCUGGUGUCAAACUGCUCUGAAACUGUAUUUCCUAGCAUGUACUCCUGCUCCAACAGUGACCUUUUUCAUUGUGUUCAUGCGUUUAUUGACACUUGAUGGAAGCUUCUGAAGUUAUGUUUUAGAUUGAUGAUUGAUUCACAUAACAUCUGGAAUCUUAUCACUUCCUUUUGUCUACGUUCAGCUCCAGCUCAUCUAUGAUGCCUUAUGAUCAAGCCAUGAGGAGCACCUCCAUUUUGAGUUCCUUCUAUUUUAUUUUUUUUAUUUAAUUAAAACUUGUUUACCAUUCUAACUACAUGUUUGAUACAUAGGAAUGGAAUGGAUCGACAGAAUGGAGUUGAAUUUAUUACUUGGUUUUGUCAAGCUA